AUGGGCGCGCUGGAGCCGGGCACCGGAGCCCGGCCCGCCGCCCCCAUGCUCAGCGCCGCCGCCGGCUUCGGCAAGGAGCCGCCGGGCCCGCGGGACGCCGCCGCCGCCGCCGCCGCUUUCUUCGGUGAUGGAGGGGCACCGGAACCGGGCGCCCCCCCGCUCCCGUACGGCGCUCCCGGCGGUUUUGGCGGCCGGUACCUGGGGCCGUGCCCGCCCUACCGGGCGCCGCCGCCUCCCGCCGCGCCCGUGGAAGGUUACGGGGGCACCGAGGGCGCGUUCGGCGGCGGCGGGGGCGCGCUGUGCCCCCCGCUCUGCGCCCUGCCCGGCUACCGGGCGGCCGGGAAGGUGCAGGUGAUGCUCAACAAUUACCCGCUCUGGGCCAAGUUCCACAAGCACCAGACCGAGAUGAUCAUCACCAAGCAGGGCAGGCGAAUGUUCCCCUUCCUCAGCUUCAGCCUGUCGGGGCUGAACCCCGCGGCGCACUACAGCGUCUGCGUGGACGUGGUGCUGGUGGACCAGCACCACUGGCGCUACCAGGGCGGCAAGUGGGUGCAGUGCGGGAAAGCCGAGGGCAGCAUGCCAGGGAACCGCCUGUACCUGCACCCCGACUCGCCCAACACGGGCGCGCACUGGAUGCGCCAGGAGGUCUCCUUCGGGAAGCUGAAGCUCACCAACAACAAGGGAGCCUCCAACAACGUCGGACAGAUGAUCGUGCUGCAGUCGCUGCACAAGUACCAGCCGCGGCUGCACGUCACGGAGGUGAAGGAGGGCGAGGGGGAGGACGGGUACCCCUCCCCGCACACCCACACCUUCGCCUUCCCCGAGACCCAGUUCAUCGCCGUCACCGCCUACCAGAACGCCGACAUCACGCAGCUGAAGAUCGACCACAACCCCUUCGCCAAAGGAUUCCGGGACAACUUUGACUCGAUGUACCCGGGCUCGGAGAGCGACCGCCUGACCCCGUCCCCGCCGGAGGCUCCGGGCUGCCCGCAGCUGCUGCCGGCGCCGCGCUUCCAGCCCUUCCUGCCCGAGCAGCUCCCGCUGCCCCCGGGCCGCUUCUUCGGGGCCGAGCGGGGGGCGGCCGCGCUGCCGCUGCCCCCCAAGGACCCCCCGCCCUGGUUCUUCCCCCCGCAGCAGCCGCCCGGCCCCGGCGCGCUGGACUACGGCGGCUUCGAGGGGGGCUACGGGGGGGGCAAAGCGCUGCCCUACGGGGUGAAACCGCUGCCGCUGCCCCCCGGCCCGCACCCGCCCCUGCCCUACUACCCCGAGGGGCCGGGGGGCUUCGCGGGCGGCUGGAGCCCCGCGCAGCUCGGCCCCAAGGGCGGCGCCGCGGCCCUGGGCUGGUACCGGGAGCCCCGCGAGGAGAAGGGCAAGCAGCCGGGGGGCUGGGGCGGCGAGCCGCCCGCGCCCGGGGCCGCCGGGGACUCCUCGGACUCGGGGCUGUACGAGUGCAAGCGGCGCCGGCUGUCCCCGUACCCCUCGAGCACCGAGAGCUCCUCCCCGCCCGCAACGGCGACGUCUACGACAAGGAGCCGCUCGCCGACGGCGCCUACUACGGCUACUACGGCAACUGAGGCACGCCGCGGGCUCAGAGCCCCCCGGAGAGCCCAACCGUGGCUCCUGCGCGCCCCCAGCCCCGCACCCUGGGGCUCAGCCUGA